GAGCUAGAAAUUUAGAGAGAGAAAGUGUGGUGAGUGUCUAGAGAGAGAAAGUGUGGUGACUGUCUAGAGAGAGAAAGAGCGUGUGAUGGUAAAAGCAAAGGAUCUGACAAACGUGGGGAGAGAGCAUGCUGGUGAGGGAGUUUCUUCUUCCUUUUGAUCCCUUUUCUGCGCAUCUGUAGAUCUCUUUCUGUUUGUUUCUCGGGAAAGAGUGUUUCUGUCUGGAAGUUUUGCUUCUCUGAUUGAAUUUUUGGUGGAAAGCUCUGUUGUUUGCCGGAAGAAGAUUUUUUUUUUUUUUUUCAAUAAUGGAUCAUUGAACACUGUUGAGCUGAAUCUCGUUGCUGUUUGUGACGCCAAGUCAUGUGUGCUUGUUCUGAUCUGUGAUCUCCAGUUCACCAAAGUGGGGAAUAAUAUAUGUUAUCAACUGUUUUGGAAGAUAUAUUAAAUUUUUGAGGCUGUAAGGGUAUUGGAGUAAAAUGUCAUUCAGAAGCAUAGUCAAUGAUGUGCGGGAUGCAAUUGGGAGCUUAUCCAGGCGUAGUUUUGAGGUGAUGCUGCCUGGUCAUCACAGAGGAAAAUCUCAAGGUUUAGUGCUUGAAUUGCAUGAUCAGCCAUUGGUAAUCCAGAAUAGUUGUUGGGCUAGCCUUCCACCUGAGCUGCUACGGGAUGUUAUCAAGAGAUUGGAGGCAAGUGAGAAUAUGUGGCCUGCUCGCAAGAAUGUGGUUGCAUGUGCAGGAGUGUGCAGGUCAUGGAGGGAAAUGUGCAAAGAAAUUGUCAAAAGUCCCGAGUUCUCUGGAAGAAUCACAUUUCCUGUUUCCCUAAAGCAGCCUGGGCCAAGGGAUGGACCCAUGCAGUGCUUCAUUAAGAGAGACAGAUCUAAUUUAACCUAUCACCUUUUCCUUUGCCUUAGCCCUGCUUUACUUGUUGAAAAUGGGAAGUUUCUUCUAUCUGCAAAACGGACACGUAGAACCACUUGCACGGAGUAUGUAAUCUCCAUGGAUGCAGAUAACAUAUCAAGAUCAAGCAGCACAUACAUUGGCAAGCUCAGGUCAAAUUUUCUAGGCACCAAGUUCAUGAUAUAUGACACACAGCCUCCAUACAACAAUGCUCAUCUUUCGCCACCUGGCCGAAGCCGUAGAUUCUAUUCGAAGAAAGUUUCUCCUAAAGUCCCUACAGGCAGCUACAACAUUGCCCAGGUCACAUAUGAGCUAAAUGUGCUGGGUACUAGGGGUCCUCGCAGGAUGCACUGCACCAUGCACUCAAUUCCUGCCUCAUCUCUAGAGCCAGGCGGCAUUGUCCCAGGACAGCCUGAGCUUCUGCCUCGAUCCCUUGAGGACUCAUUCCGCAGCAUCUCCUUCUCAAAGUCAAUUGAUAAUUCAACUGAAUUUAGCAGCUCCCGAUUCUCUGAUAUUGUUGGCACCCGUGAUGAAGAGGAUGAGGGGAAGGAGAGACCAUUGAUACUCCGUAACAAGCCACCAAGAUGGCAUGAGCAGUUGCAAUGUUGGUGCCUUAACUUUAGGGGGAGGGUGACUGUAGCAUCUGUUAAGAAUUUUCAACUAAUUGCUGCUAACCAGCCUGCUGGUGCCCCAACACCUUCACAGCCAGCUCAAUCUGACCAUGAUAAGAUUAUUCUGCAGUUUGGUAAGGUUGGCAAGGAUAUGUUUACCAUGGAUUACCGAUAUCCUCUCUCUGCAUUCCAGGCUUUUGCCAUCUGCUUAAGUAGCUUCGACACAAAAUUGGCAUGUGAAUAGAAGAAAUGAAACUGUUACGAAGUAGGACACUUGGUAUUGGUCUUCCUUUCCUCUGGGAUGGGUUUGUUGUCUGUUGUCAAUAUACAACACUUAGUCAGACUGAAAGAUGCAGAACAGUACCUGCGCAAAUUCGAGAUAAGCCUCUUCACUUCUAUUUUCUCUAUUCCUCUGGGGUAGUUUGCUUUUCAAUGCUGGGAUCGUCAGUCUUGUUGUCCAAACAGAGUUCUUAUACGAUCUUUAAAGAAGUUAACCAUGAAAGAGCUUCGUGCUUGAUCAUCAUGAUCCAUGUUGUUCACAAUUUGUCUUUCGUUUCGUCACGCUUGCUUCUGGUAUCCAAUGUUUAAUAAGUACAUACUGAACUUCUGGAUGCUUAGUGUUUUGAAAUUUCCAGUUACCUGAAGUUGGGGUAGCGUAGGUUGGUUCCAUAUGGCAUCUCUCUAAAACCUUACCUUAUAAUUACUCCCUCGAUUAUAAAAUAAUACAAGUUUU